AAUCUUCUAUUAGAAAAUCAUUUCACAGCUGGGUCUCAUGCAGUAAAAAAGGUGUGACAUCAGCUCCUGUUGGUGCAAGAAAGUCUUUGACACUUGCCCACAGAUUCUCUGCAGAGUUGGAAAGCUGACUAUAAAAGGAAAUGGGGGGGGUCACUGCAAGCCAAAGUCUGCAGCUUUUGCUUCUGUACCACCAUGAUCUGCUGCGUCAUUUACAUCUUUCUACAAGUCUGCCUUAUGGGGGCUACUGAGAGCGGUAUAGUUGGUGGCAGGGAGGCAAAGCCCCACUCCAGACCUUACAUGGCAUCAAUUCAGUAUCUCGGACACCAUUCAUGCGGUGGGAUACUUAUUCGGGAGGAUUUUGUUCUAACUGCAGCACACUGCAAAUAUGAGAACAGAGGCCCUUGCACAGUGGUGCUUGGAUCGCAUGACAUUAGCAAGAAAGAGAAAAGUCAGCAACAUAUCGAAGUGGCCAAGUACUACCCUCAUCCAAAAUACAAUGGGACAUUAAAUUAUGACAUCAUGUUACUUAAGUUAAAAAAGAAAGCCACACUGAAAAAUCAUGUGAAGACCAUCAGAAUACCUAAAAAGAAUGGGAAAACACCCGCCAACAUUGAAUGUCUUGUGGCUGGCUGGGGACUAACUAAAGUUAAUGGAUCACGUUCAAAUGUUCUAAAGGAAGCCAGAGAGAAGAUACAAUUCGGCACUGAGUGCAGCCAUAUUUGGAAACAUCAUUUUAGGUCUGAUCACAUGAUAUGCACCAAGUUUACCAAAAAGAGUGGAGGGGUUUGCCAGGGUGAUUCUGGUGGACCACUUAUCUGCAACAAAAUGCCUCAAGGUAUAACAGCUUUCACCUUCGCAAGUAAUUGCAAUGAUCCAAAGUAUCCCCAUGUCUUCACUAAAGUCAAUUUUUUUAUCCCCUGGAUUGAGAAAACCAUGAAAAAAAGAGAGGAAUGAUGCACGAGCCACUAGU